UUAAUUUCCAAAAACAGGUCAACAUUUUAAAUACUUCUCUCACACUAAUCCAACAAAAUAUGUCUACUUCAGAGGACAUUAAAAGUUUGGAGGAUAUUUUAACGUUUGAAAUAGAGCAGACGAUCAGAGACAGUGAAGAAAAAAUGAUGAAGAACGUCUGUGCCAAAAUCACAGACCUGGAACUACGAGACAGAUAUUUAUCACUUUCUCUUUUGGAUGUACACAAUAACACAGCACGGCUAUCGUCAUCCCUUUCCAGUUUGGAGGCUCAGCAGAAGCAGAUGAAGAGUGAGAUCCAAACACUGACAAAUUCCCAACAGCAUGACAUUACCAAACUGAAUGAUACAAUUACUCAUCUUAAGAAUCGUGUUCAAUCAAGAGUAGCUUUCACAGCUGGAAUCCUAGAAGAGUAUGAUAAGCAUCAUACAUAUACAGGUACAGUUAAAUUUGCAAAAGUCAUAUACCAGGUGGGAGGAGGAUAUAACCCUACAACAGGAGUGUUUACUGCCCCGAAGGCUGGACUCUACCUUAUAUUCUGUACUAAUGUGGCAUACAACCAUGAAACCUUCUGGACACGAAUAAUGAUUAAUGGUUCUAGUAAGGCAGGAGUCAUGGCUUACGUUAGUGGAUCUGCUAAUGUCUUCCAAUCAGCCUCCAACCUUGUUGUCCAUCAGUUACAGGUGGGAGACAGAGUCUGGAUAGAAGUACAUGAAGGUAGUCAUCUGUACUCAGUUUUUCCAGAGACAACCUUUUCUGUCAUCAUGAUCAAUGGAUCAGAUUAAUACUACCUUGUUAUUGGUUUAACUUUCAUUGUUAUAUGAAUUUG